AUGGAAGAGAAGUUAAAACUCGUUGAGGCCGAGUCGGUGAAGAAGUUCGCUUUUUUUGGCGUUGCAGUCUCAACCGUAGCUACGUUAACGGCUAUAGUAGCAAUUCCAAUGCUGUGCAUGUACAUGCAGAAUGUCCAGUCCGGUCUACAAGAUGAAAUCAACUUUUGCCGCACUCGUGCAGAAGGACUCCGAGGAGAGUACACAAAACUUGAGUCAUUCCGUACUAUCGAGACUCGCGAAAAGAGGCAGGCGUAUCAGUGCUGCUCUUGUGGAAUAGGACCGGCGGGGCCUGUUGGUAACCCUGGACAGGAUGGAGCUCCUGGAAACGACGGUCGACCUGGAGCUCCAGGAGCACCAGGACCAGAUGCUCCCAAUGACCAUGUUCUUCCUCGUGCGGAGGACUUCUGUUUCGAAUGUCCACCAGGACCCGUUGGUUCUCCAGGCCAACCUGGACCUAAAGGACCACCUGGUAACCCUGGACCACCCGGAGAGCAAGGGCCCAACGGAAGACCUGGCUCACCAGGAGCGCCUGGACCUCAAGGACCGCCAGGGCCUAACGGAAUUGAUGGUCAACCAGGACUACCUGGAGCACCCGGUCAGGUUCGAACAGUACCAUCUCCGCCUGGGCCACCAGGACAACCUGGAGAGCCUGGACCUCCAGGACCUCCCGGACCUGAUGGACGUCCAGGAAAUCCAGGUAUCCCGGGUUCGCCCGGACCACAGGGUGACCCAGGACAGGACGGAGCACCUGGUAAUCCAGGAGCACCUGGCGAGCCUGGACAACCUGGAAAAGAUGGACUUCGAGGGUCGUGUGACCACUGCCCUCCACCACGUACUGCACCGGGAUAUUAA